AUGGAGCAUAUGCCGUUAUCAGAGUUGAGUUUCCAGCUUUCUCGGGAUCCUUUGUCAUAUCGAUCAGAUUUUGAGGCCCAGCUGGAAAGCUAUACCACACUAAGACAGUCUUUUGCAUCUGCUCCCUCUCAACAUAUUAGCCGUCUUGAAGAGCUUUUAUUAUUUUUGUCUCAGGUCGUAAAGCAUUACCCAGAUCAUGUUGGGGAGUUUGCUUCCAGUGUAAUUCAAACACUACUGUCACGCGCAUUUGGUAUGCAUCCCGACAUGCGUAUGGCUUUCUUAAGAGCGUUUAUGCGCCUUCGAACCAAAAAUCUGAUACCGGCAGCACAAGCGGUUGAUGUUGCUUUCAAAUUACACAGAUGUCAUGAUAAACAAGUCAGAAAAACUUUACGUCACUUUCUAGUAAGUGAUAUUAAAAGAAUGAACAAAAGCCAAAAGCAAACUAAAGUUAACGCAGUCAUCCUUACAUUCCUUUCAAAGAUGAUAAAGGAUAACAGCUCGACUGUAGCACGUGAAGCCGUGUUAAUAUUAUUGUGCCUGUUUAAAAAGAAUGUGUGGAAUGAUGCACGAACUGCCAAUACUAUUGCAGACUCAUGUUUGGUCAACAAGAAGAAAGUAUACGUCCCCGCUGUCCAGUUUUUCUUGGGGAAGAUGAAGGCAAUUGGUGAAUUGGAAAGUAGCAGUGAUUCCGAAUCAGAUGUUGAUGAAGAGACCAAGAUUAAACAAUUGCGCAUGGGUCAUCGUGUCGGCGCUAAGACAAAAGGACGUCAAAAGCGUCUUGAACGAUCCAUUAAAAAUGUUAACAAAGAAAAGGAAAGGAAAGUGAAAAAGCGUGCUGAAUUAACCAAUUUCCAUGCUUUAAAUAUGUUACACGAUCCACAAACGUUUGCUGAAAAACUUUUUCGAAAACUGGAGCGUUGUUCAGAUCGUUUUGAGAUUCGUUUGCUUAUUCUCGACCUGAUUAGUCGACUUAUUGGAUUGAAUAAACUCAUUUUACUGAAUUUUUAUCCCUUCAUACAACGAUUCUUACGUCCACAACAAAGAGAAAUUACUCACCUGUUACUGUACUCGGCGCAAGCUAGCCACGACCAAGUUCCACCAGAUGUGAUAGAACCCUUAGUACGUGUGAUUGCGGAUAACUUUAUUACCGAGCGUGCUUCAUCCGAAGCAAUAGCUGUUGGCUUAAAUUCAGUCCGUGAAAUAUGCGCUCGUUGUCCGUAUGCAGUUACACAGGAUUUAUUGUCAGAUUUAAUUCAGUAUAAAUCAUAUCGAAAUAAAAAUGUUGUCGCUGCAGCACGAUCGCUUAUUCGACUUUAUCGUCAAAUAAACCCUCAACUGUUACCGCGUAAAGAAUGCGGACGUCUAACAGAAUCACAAGUCGAUGUCUUAACUCAUGAUUACCCCAAUGAUGUGGCAAUUAACUAUGGACAGUAUGUGACACCAGCUACAGUACCUGGAGCUGAAGUUAUUGUCUUAGCUGCAGAAAAACUUGGCAAAAAGAAGAAUCAUCAACCUUCUGAAGAAUCUAAAUGUAUUGAAAAUUCAGAAGAAUGUACUAAGGAAGGUGAUAUGUCAUGGGAAUCGUGUUCAGAUGCUGAUGACGAUGAUGAAGACUCAGAAGAUGGCGAGUCAUCUGGUGAAUGGGUUGAUUUAUCGCAUUCCUCAGAAGAGGAGAACGAGGAAGAAAACUCUGCUGAUGCUGUGGUGGAAGGCAAUGAUGGUGAUGAAAGUCAAUCGAAGAAGAAGAAGCCAAAUAUUGAUCCUAGUGUUUUAAAAGCUGAAGCUUUAGAGAUAGCCUCUUCAAGAGUAUUUACACAAGAAGAGUUUGAAGCAAUGCGAAAAUAUCAACAGACAAAGCAGAAACGUUUCGCAUCCUAUGGUUCUGUACGCAAUAAACAAACAGAUUCAUACUUUGUCAUUGAUUCUGAUGAAGAUGAAAAUGACAAUGGUAUCGGUGUACAAAAUAAAGAUGGCAGCCUCGGGAAUUUAGUCAGUAUGAGCGCAAUUACUCGACUGGUUAAACGUCCGCGUCAAACAAAAGCAGAACGUAUGGAAACAAUUGAAGAAGGUCGUAUUGGACGCGAAAAAUAUGGUUUUAAGGUGAAUCGUAUGAAUGCUCAUGCAAGUACAACAAAUCGUGAAAAAUCAAAGAAUAAAGCUUUCCAAAUGAUCAAGCACAAAGUUCGCCGUAAAGUAAAACGUAGUUUCCAAGAGAAACAAGUUGCACUAAGAGAACAUUUAAAACGAUUAAUGAAACGUUCACGAUGAAACACAACAAAACACAACAACAUGUGAACAAUAAUCAACUUGGUUUGUAUCUUUUGUUGUUGUUGAUUGGAUUGAUUGUUUUUUUCGUUUAUUUUCUUUGCUAUUUCAAUGUAUGUUUUGGAUGGGUGUGUAGUGUUCACGCCUGCGUAUGACCUGUAACCAUCUUAUGCUCUAUGCACAAUUGAUGCUUGCUUCUUGACUGAGUGUGUGACGUAAUAAAUCAAUAGAUUUAUGAAAACUGGCUGUUUUUUUCAAAGCAACAGUUUUUGUAUAUAGAAAAAAGAACUAUUUUGCUUUGUCAUUGGUAAUUUAACGAUAUUUUUUCAAAUUUCAUGUGUGUGUGUGUGUGGAUGUGAGGAAGAGUUUGCCUGAUUUAUGUCCCCCUCCUGUACACCUUUUCAUUGCUUAUAUAUGUAACAUAUAUAAAUUUACUAUUACACGCCGCCUAAGUAUUUGUGUAUAAUAUAUCAGAGGGGCGAAUAAUUCUUUUACACACGCACACAUUAACUUAUUAUUACUAUUAAUAUAAGUUGACGAAUUUUGAUAAAUAAAAUGCCUAUCAAUGGAUAA